AAUGACAGGAUGGACUUCGGGAAUCUGGCAAUCAGAUUUGUUUUCUUAUCCCAAACAACAACUGGAAUUCUGGGUAAUCUGUCUUUAAUUUUCUACUAUGUAGUCCGAUGCUGCAGAGAAAAUACAUUAAAGCCCACAGAUUGGAUCCUCAUGCACCUAUUGGCAGCCAAUGCCUUGGUAAUUCUCUCUACAGGAGUGCCACAAACAAUGGCAGUUUUGGGAUUUAAGCAUUUCUUGAAUGAUUUUGGUUGCAAGCUCCUGUUGUACAUUCAAGGAUUUGUUAGGAGUGUGUCUAUUGGCACCACAUGCCUCUUGAUUUUCUACCAAGCUUUGACCAUUAGUCCCAAGAAAUCAUGUUGGAAGAAUUAUAAAGUCAAGUGUGAGAAGAACAUCUCCCUUAUUUGGAUCCUGUUCAUAUUGAUAAAUUUCAUUUAUUUUCCAAACACAAUUGUUAACAUGGAUAACAAAAAUGUAUCAAGAAAACGAGAUUUCGGAUACUGCUGUAUUGUAGGAUGGGAUGAAAUUGGAGCCUCGCUCUAUGCAGCACUGGUGGUUUGCCCUGAAAUCUUCUUUUCUGUGCUCAUGUUCUGGUCCAGUGGCUUCAUGAUUGUCAUUCUAUACAGACACAAGCACAGCGUUCAACACAUCCGUAGCACCCAUGUCUCCAGCAGAACCAACCCUGAGUCCAGAGUCACCCUGAACAUUCUGAUCCUUGUGUCUAUCUUUCUGUUCUUUUAUACUCUCUCCUCCAUCUUAAGAGGCUGCAUUGCUCUUUUAUAUACUCAAAGUUGGUGGCUGGUGAACAUCGAUCACUUCACUUCCCUCUGUUUUCCAUCACUUUUACCCUUCGUUCUCAUGUACCGCUACUCUAUUGUAUCCAAGCUUUGUUUGUCCUGUAAAAGACAUACGAAUAUUUUAGUCUCAUUUUAA